ACCAUGCUGAGCGGGGCUCGCGGCUGCUUGGCCUCCGCGCUGCGGCAGGUACGAGUGCCGGGAGCCGGCAGGUGCCUGCACGGCUCGCGGCGGCGGCUGCGGCCAGACGGCAGCCAGCAGGCUCAGGCCCCGGCCCGCGACUUCGACCCCGGGCUGCUGGAGUUCCUGGUGUGCCCGCUGUCCAAAAAGCCGCUCAGAUAUGAAGCAUCGACCAAUGAGCUGAUUAACGAGGAGCUGGGAAUAGCCUACCCAAUCAUUGAUGGAAUCCCAAAUAUGAUACCACAGGCUGCCAGGAGCACACGUCAGAGUGAGAAGCAAGAAGACCCAGAGCAUCACUAG